CAGCAGAUGAAUUUUUUGUAAUAAAAGAGAAAUGAUCAUAAACAUUACGUGAUAUGUAUAUAUUUCCCCUUUAUUUCUUGCUUCUUGCUUUGUUUCCUAUCAAUUUCCUCCAAAUAAAUUUAAUACUUACUUCACAUUUACUGUUAUCAAGCGUUUAUAAACAUUUGAAAGAUAAAACAUUAUUUAGUACAUUGUAUUUACUUUUAAAUGUAAUCUAUGAAAUGGUCUUGAUUAUAUCAAUGAAUCUUGAUUUUAUCUGUGAAAAAUUAUCUUACAAUGACAACACAAAUCCUAUUAUUUUGAGCCACCCAUUUUAACUGGACCCAUCACUACAAUGGCCUUUUCACUGUCUGAUGGAAAAACACAGACCCCAACCCUGUGUCAGUUCUGUGAAGAAUCACCAGAGAUUAAGUGGAAGUGUAUUAACUGUGAACUAUUUCUAUGUCAAUUGUGCAGUACAAAGAUACACAGUAAAAGCAAGGCAUCUAAGGAACAUGAAAUUAUCAGGUAUAAAUCAAUUGAAACAGAGGAUGCUGCCCCAUCAAUAGAUAAAGUUUAUCUUGAGAGCAUGGUAUGUACAAUGCAUUGUCAACAAAAGUGUUUCGUCUACUGUAAAGACUGCAGUCAGCCAGCUUGUUCAAAAUGUUUAUCUGACACUCAUAAACUACAUGAUUAUAAACCCCUGGAUGAAGCCUAUAAUGAAAUAAUCUCUGAAAAGGAAAAACUUAUAAACAAAUUGAAAUCAAACCUUCAUUUUCUCAGAAAUGCAAAGGGCAAACUGAACAAAAUACUCUCAGAUGGGAACAACAAUUUGAAAGAAACAAGGGAAGCAGUUAAACAAACAGAGAAAGAAAUGAAGGAGUCUAUUACAAAAUAUGUUGCAGACCUUUUACAAGAACUGGAAACAAAAUCAAAAUCGUCAGAAAAUAUAAUCAAAGCAGAACUUUCAACCAUGAAAAAGAAUGAGGAUAACUUGGAGGACAGAAUCAGCAAUCUUAAUCAAUCAAAGCAGUAUCAUCAACUAGCAGACAUUUUAUCUCCAUUGACAAAGUAUCCUGUCAAAAAAAUGAAACAUAAUGAGGUCAAAUUCAUUCCUAGCAAUAUGCAAGAGAAAUUAGGGAGGCAAUCAGUGCUUGGUGAUCUUUAUACAAUUCCAGACUUGGAACUGAUAGACUCUUAUCAAAGCGUUAUUCAAAAUGUGACAAACAUCCUAUUCUAUAGUGACAACUGUGCCUUUGUAGGAAGUUAUUCUAGUCAAAAACUACAAAAAAUAAUAUUUGGAAAUCAUCGUAUCAAAGUACAAAGAGAAAUUAAGAUAAAAGUAUAUGAUAUGGCUAAGACAAGGGAUGGAGAAAUACUUGUAUCAUCUGAAGAAAGUGAAAUAAAACUUCAUACCAAAGAUGGACAAUUAAAAACAUUUAAAUCUUUUUCUCCAUUGAAAACAUUAGGUAUUCAUAUCACAAAAGACCAUAAGAUAAUAAUAGGGCUGACAGAAUCUUUAAAAAUACCUGCAACAAAAGACAGUAUUAGAACACUUGUGAUUAUGAACCAAGAUUGUUACAUACAAACUACUAUUGAAUUUGAAAGUCUUUUAACAUAUCCAUACAGAAUCCAAUCUUUCAAUGAUAAGAUAUUAGUUGUAGAUAUCAUAAACACAGAAUGGGAGGGGAGGGUAGUAAUGUUAGAUGAGAGGGGGAAACUCUAUUGGACCUACAAUGGUUACAACAGUAUCAACUCUGAUCAGGAACAUUUCUAUCCAGAUGAUAUAGCAAUAACCUCUUCAGAUACAAUUUUAGUUUCUGACUGUGAAAAUCAUACUAUACAUGUAUUAAAUGCUGAUGGGAAACUUAUUGUAUGUAAGGAUGUUAAAUGCUUGGGAAUAGAAUUACCAUUAGGUCUUUGUAUUGACAAAAACCAAGUUUUAUGGAUUGGAUGUAAUACAUAUGUUAAAGAAAAAUUUAGUAAGGCUAAGAUAAAUUGUGUAAAGCUAACCUAACUUACAGGUUUUAAAAGAUCUCUUUUAUUAAUAAUAAUUUAGUAUAUUCCUUUUAAGAAAUAGCAUCUCCUGUACAUAGUUUUAAUCACUACAUCUAUUUUCUGCACUGAAUUUUGUAUAUAACUAAAAUAUUAACUUGUUUAAAUAUAUAGGCCAUGUAUGUUAUUAAUCAUCUUUAUUCAGAUGGAAGAUCAAAUCAAUGCACAAAUUUGUGUGCACACUGUACAUAGUUACAACACUGAGUAAUAAAUGUUUAUGCAAAUUUCUUUAAAUAUCAAAUAAACAUACAACUAGAUGUAUUUAUAUAAUUUACAUGCUAGAAAUUUUAGAUGCAUUUUUUGAUAUAGUCAGAGUUGUCUCCCCUACCAUGAUAGUACAAUUGGAUAAUUUCACAUUGAAUAAUUUUAAUAAAAUAAUUCUAACAGUUUUUAGAUUUGUU